AUGGGUGCAGUGAAAGACAUUGAUGUGACUGGAUAUUCUGGAAGAAGCAUUCUUGUUGAUUCACACGAGUCUUGGUUCAAUUCUUCUGCUAAACACAUGAACAAACUUAUGAUCUACAUCAGAGAUUUAAAUCAACAUGAUGCUGGAAGAUACCAGAUUAGCAUUGAAGGCAAAUGGUCCAUCGAUAUGACUUUGAAAGUGGAAGAAGAUCCAUGUUGUAAAGUGUCAAAGAGAGUGGAGGGGAGAAGGAAACGAACUUCCAUCUUUAAAUGUGAAUAUUCACAGAAUCAUAUUAAUAAUCCCAAGAUCAUAUUCAAAGAGGGAAACGACUCCAUUGAUGAGAUUAUAAACAGCACAUUGAAAAAGAAUGGAAGGUUCAGUAUGUCUGAAAGAACAGAUCAAAAAUACAUAACUUUGGUAAUUUCUGCUGUGACACCAGAUGAUGGAGGAGUUUAUUUGUGUGGAGUUCAGAUCAAUACACUCUCAUACAGUUACUCCAUUAUUACUACUGUUCAUCUACAUAUUGUUCUGGUGGGCGUGUCUAGAGUGAGCGGCUACUCAGGAGGUCGUCUGAUGAUCAAGUGUGAACAUCCUCAAUACAAAACCAAACCAAAAUACAUCUGUAAAGAAUCAGACGGAUGUUCAGAGAGGAAGAAUCCAGGAGUUCGGGAUCAAUGGAUGGAGAAUGGAGAUGUUUCUUUAUAUGACGACACCAGAGCAGGAGUCUUGAUGGUGUUGUUUAGAGAGCUGAAAGCUGCAGAUGCAGGAACAUACAGGUGUGGAGUGAAAGUAUCUGAGUAUACUGAGAGCUUCACUGAACUACAGCUGAGCGUCAAACACGAUGCAAAAUAUCCAAACAGCAUGACUGAAUCUGCUCAUUUUGGUGAUGAAGUCAACAUCACCUGUCAGAUCCCAGAGAAAAAUACAGUUAAUUUCUGCAAAGAGGAAGAUAAUCACAUCUGCCAGAACAUCAGCUCAUCUAAAGUGACACAAAUGAGUGGUUCAUCUGAGAGAAAUGAAGAGAGAGUUGUUACAGUGAGCAUCAGUAAUGUGAGCGUGAGAGAUGCUGGAGUUUACUGGUGUGGAGCAGAAACCAGAGACACAUAUCUGACUUUCAUCUCCCUGAACACUAAAAUUCAGCUCAACCUCAUCAUGGCUCCAGUAGUGAGACAUGAAGGAGAAUUUGCUGAGAUCUUCUGCCCUUAUGAUUCAAUCUAUAAAUCAAAGCCAAAGUCUCUCUGUAAGGGGAAGUGCUCCACUAGAGACAGAGAUACUCUCAGUGAGACUGUGAGAGAAGAGAAAGAGACCAAGACUGACAGAUUGACUCUGAAAGAUGACGUCACUGCAAGUGCCUUCUCUGGGAGCAUCACUGCACUGACAGCAGAGGAUGCUGGGAAAUACUGGUGUGCAGUGACAUUAGAAACAGAGCUCAAUUAUCUUCACACUCAUCUGAUCGUCAUCAUGAACGAGGAGCUGAACUUGACUAAGUAUGAAGGAGACGACGUGUCAAUCCAGUGCAAACAUCAGGAUGCAGAUCAAAAAAGCUUCUGCAAAGCACAUGAAGCCUCCAUGUGUGUGAAGGAUGGAGUUUCACUGGAGACGAUCAGAGAUGAUCGAUUCUCUUUCAGUGAUGAAGCAUCUGCUGGAGUCUUUACUGUGAACAUCACUGAUCUGAGAGAAGAGGAUUCUGGGAUAUACUGGUGUGGAGCUCACGUCACCACUAAAGUGCAUUUAAAUGUCAAAAGGUAUUUCUCCAUGAUCAUCAUUAUCAGCGUGUGUGUGAUUCUGCUGCUGAUCGGUGGAUUCACUCUGACUCUGUGCAAAUUAAGACACAAGAGACGAGACUACUACUCACGUGACAUCGAAAUAGCUCACCUGCAGACACCAUCCAGCUUCCAUGUUAUCAGCAGACUGAAGUGCAUGUUUGUGAGAUGGGGUAUUCCCAGGGAGCUUGUAUCUGACAAUGGCUCACAGUUCGCCUCGGCUGAAUUUCGGCAGUUCUGUACAGACUAUGAUUUCCACCACACAACCUCAAGUCCUCAUUUUCCCCAAGCCAAUGGAGCUGCAGAGAGAGCAGUUCAAACUGCGAAACGGAUUCUCCGCCAACCCGAUCCUCAUCUGGCAUUGAUGCGCUAUCGUGCAACACCUGUAGCUGCAACCGGUCUGAGCCCUGCCCAGUUAAUGACUGGUUGGCAGAUUAGAACCAACCUGCCAAUGCUUGAGGAAAAAUAUCAACCUCGACCCAAUGAUUGUAAAGCAGUGGAGAGGAAGGAUACAGCUGCAAAUAAGUCUUACAAGUUCUUCAAUGACCGAAGACCCUCUGCUCGUGUAUUGCCUGAAUUACAUCCUGGCGAGAAGGUCCUUCUUAAGCUGGAUAGUGAGAGACACUGGAAAACACAAGCCGUUGUGCUGAACAAAACAUCAGGACCAAGAUUGUACAUGGUGCAAACUCAAAAUGGAGCUGUCCUGCACAGGAACAGGAAACAUUUGCAAGCAAUGCAAUUGCAACCAGAUGCUACAAUCUGUGCUGAACCUCAAGGAGAAAAGGAAUCAGCUCUUUCUGGGACUGGGACUGAACAUUCAAAUACUCAUGCAGUUGCCCCAGCUGCACCUUUACUGGACAUUAAACCACCAGUUGUGACUUCCAGUGGGAGAGUUGUGAAAACGCCAAAACGUUACCUGGACGGAAAUUGA